UUCCCGUGACGGCGUUGCGUCACUUCCUUUCAAACUCGGCGUUUAGGUGGUGUGGUCCACCACGCGCAUUCAACAUGCGUAUAGAGAAGUGUUAUUUCUGUUCCGGGCCUAUAUACCCCGGCCACGGCAUGAUGUUCGUCCGCAACGAUUGCAAGGUGUUCAGGUUCUGUAAAUCCAAAUGCCAUAAAAACUUUAAAAAGAAGCGCAAUCCUCGUAAGGUCAGGUGGACUAAAGCCUUCCGUAAAGCAGCUGGUAAAGAGCUUACAGUGGAUAAUUCAUUUGAAUUUGAAAAACGUAGAAAUGAACCCGUCAAAUACCAGCGAGAGCUGUGGAGUAAAACAAUUGAUGCAAUGAAGAGAGUCGAAGAGAUCAAACAGAAACGGCAAGCUAAAUUCAUAAUGAACAGGUUGAAGAAAAGUAAAGAACUACAGAAAGCUCAGGACAUCAGAGAAGUCAAGCAGAACAUCCACCUCAUCCGGGCCCCUGCUGCAGGCAAAGAAAAGCAGCUGGAAGACAAAAUGGUACAGAAACUACAAGAGGAUGUGGACAUGGAAGUUCUUCAUGAUGGUUAAACCAUUUCUGUGAAUGCACUGAGAAGUCUUCUUUAGAGGCUUAGACAUUCUAAGUUCCUCAUUUAUUUUUUACCAAAGGUGACUCAAAUGAAAAGCUGAUUAAAAUUACAUCUCUUCUACAUUGCUGUCUGCAGAACAUCAGAUAAUAAGGAUGCUGGAUUGCUUCUCACUGGUAAACCUUCACUCUUAGAUUUACUUAUGUAAAUCAUGAAAAUUCUGUAAACACAAAGUGCAUUGUGGACAUAAAAUGAUCAUGUCAUUUGGAUAAUGACACCAUUUAUGUAAUAACUAGUGACAAAAAUUCAUGGCUGGUGAUAUAUAAAAUAAAAUUUUCUUUGCAGUAAAAAUAUUCCCUUUACUAACAUUAUAGAAGGAGGGGUACAUUUAAGGAACUAAUGAACGGUAUGAUAAUUAGCCCCAAGUACUAAUAGCUUUUGUUUUGAUUUCAGUAUUUCCUGUCUUGGUUUAUCAACAUUUUAGAAGAACAUAGUGGCCUCAUAUACUGAAGCCUAAUUCUCUCAGAUAUUUUCACCUGUGAGGAUAGGCAGUCGUAGAUGUUGGGGUGAAAGCUGAAUGGUCGUUUCUGAAAUGGCACUUUGCUCUCUUAUUUCCACUUUGGAGAAUAUUUUAACUGGAGAUUCCUGGAGAUUUCCAGCUCAACAAUGAUUUAGAAGCAGAGGAAUCUAGAGCUUUUUAAAAUUUUUGUGUGAUUUUCUUUUAAAAAGCUAAUUGUUUUGGGGAAAAUUGAAUUUGGGUAGAAUGUCUGUAUAUUAUUUGCACAUAAAAUCAUUUCUGUAGUGAGUGUCUACAUACUUAUUUAAAGGUACUAAAGAUAAAGUAUCGAUUACUUGGAGGAAAAUAACUUCACCCACAUGUGCUACUGAAAAAUAUAUACUUAAUGCUUCAUGUUUCUGUAUUACAUUAUUUAUGAGUAUGUGAAAAAUAUUAAGUAACUCAGUUUUUAUAUUUUUUAGGACAAUUUAGAAUAAGUUUCAAAUUCUUAGGGUUAUAUAAUUAUAUAGACUGACUAAAUUUUUACUUCAGUAUUAGUAAUAAAGUGCACUGAUCACUGAUCAAGUGUUAAAAGACUUGAUUUCCA